AUUCCUUUUAGUCAACGUUCAACUGUUGUUGCGUUAAGUUUGUUGUUCUUGGUUGAAAAACGUAAACGGAGCUAUAAAUAAAGCGAACUUUAUUGCAUCGAUAUAUUGUGUGGUCAGAUUUUAUUCUCAUGUUUGUUUUGCUGUAACAUUUUGUUUAUUAUACGUUCGGGACGUGUUGUUGAAUGAUAAAUAUAUAAAAAAUCGAGCGAACAAUUGGUGGUGUUUGAAUAAAUUUUGUCCUCGUACAAAAUAAGGAAAAUAAAAACUUUUCAAACGAAAAACUAAAAAAAAACGAAAAAAGAUUUUCAACAAAAUGACAGUUUUUGCCAAACAAAAUCCGACUGUCGGAAGUCAACUCAGUGCAACCAGAUCCAGUUUUAUGAUAACUGAUAUAUUGGCAGCAAAAGUUGGUGACGACAGUGUGAGUGAACGAGUUCAUAUGCCCGCGGGAAAUCUCAACGAUUUUGAUAGUGACGAAGAUUUCGGUGACGAUGUCGAUGGAAAUAGUAGCGUGUGCAGCAACGACAAAGAAAUAAAUGUGACCCAUCACAGCGGCCGCACUCUGACAUCGUCCAGUAAAAAACAGCGUAAAGCACGAACGGCCUUUUCCGAUCAUCAACUGCAUAGUUUAGAGAAAAGUUUCACGCGACAAAAAUAUUUAAGCGUUCAGGAUCGCAUGGAACUGGCUAAUAAACUGGGAAUAAGUGACACUCAAGUGAAGACAUGGUUCCAAAAUCGACGAACAAAGUGGAAGCGUCAAACCUCUGUCGGUUUCGAAUUACUGGUCGAAGCGGGAAAUUAUGCCGCCUAUCAACGUGCAUAUCAGCGUAACUAUCCACAAUUGGACGGUUGGCAAUAUCCGUCAUCAUUACAAGUACCACCAUCACCAGCCGAACUGUAUUAUCGUCAGGCCUCUCUAGCCGCACUGCACAGUCAAUCACCGUUCGGUCUCUAUCCCGGCGCAUCGUUAAACCUAACAAAGCCACCCGCAUUUCCUCUACUAAAUCCAUCAACAUCAACAUCAUCAUCAUCACCGUCAUCCAUACCAAUACCGCCACAAUUGAACAGUUAUUAUCAAAAUUUACACCGAAUGCCUCCGCAAACAAUUCGAUCCAAUUCACCAUUGAAUUUGGGAAGAGGUAGUCCAACCAAAACUAAUGAGAUAAAUGACAAUACAACAAGCGAUGAUGAAGAAACAAUUGAAGUGUAGCUAUAAAACCGAGUGGUAUUGUUAAUUGAGAUAUAUGUCGAGUAAAAUAGCGAACCGAGGAGGUGGAAGAGAAGUAGAGAAGAAGAAAGAAAGAAAGAAAGAAAAAAACCACAGACACACAAAAUGAAUAGAAGCAUUUUGAUAUCGUUAAUUUGGACAUAAUUAAAUUGUUGGCGUAUAUGAAUUUAUAUAUAAAAAAAAGAAACAAAAAGAAAACGAGAGAACAUUUCAUUUUUGGGCAUCAUAAAAAAUUUGGGUAUCAUUGAUACAGUUUUCUCUUUGGGUAAUUUAAUGUCUUUUUUUUUAAAUAAAAAAAUAUCCAUUCGUCCUACUACAUUAUAUUCAUUCGGUAUUUAAAUACGGAAAGCCAACACUGAAUAUAAUUGAACUGUAUAUUAUUAACAUUUCGGUUGUAUAGAU